GGGCGGGAGGGUAUAAAUGGAGCGGUGGCUGCCCCAGCCGCCUCUCUCCGCCCCGGGUCGCAGCCGUCAGUGUUGCGCUUGGGCUCAGCAAGCCUGAAGCAAAAAAGAGAAAAAGCUUAAAAAAAUAUAAAAAAGCCUCAAAAACCUUAAAAAAAAAGAAAAGAAGAGGGAAACAAGAAAGAACAAGAAGAAAAAGAGAACGAGACAGCGACUUGUGUUGGGAGCCCGCGGGGAAGUGACUUUCACAGCUUCCGGCCUGCCUGUCCGUCGGUGUCUGUCUGUCCGUCCGGUGGUGAGCCGUCCCCCCAGGCCCGGCCCGCCCCUGCACGCCUCUGCGCCGCGUGGCAGCCCCGCGCCCCGGCUGGCCGCACCACGUGUCCGCGCUGCCCUUCGCCGGCACCCGCAAAGAUUUGGUUUCCCCCUUCCCGGGCCGCUGUAAUUGUAAACCGCCGGGAGCCCGGGGCCUAUAUUUAUCGCUAAACGCGUGUCCCCAAGGCCUCUGUGAGCGCAGCAUCUGGCUGCCUCUUGAAAAAAUUUUUGCCCCCUUUGCAAGGGGAUUCCCUGCUUCAAUUUUUAUUUUUUAAGCUCCAAGCCAGGACAGCUGGAGGGUACAAACUCCAGGAGAGGGCCAUAUUGUUUUUGAGAGCCUUUUGUCUUGGGGCUUUUGCGGUCCUGUGCAAGUCGUCCCGCCUCGGAGCCUCCCUGCUCCAGCCUCUCCCGGCAUCGCUGGUGCCACCUGUGCGCUGCGGCGCGUGCCACAGCUCCUCGGAGCCCCUUUUGUCCUGCAGUAGGCCUUGUAAGAAGUCCUGGCGGGGCUCGGGGUAGUUGGGGGUGGGGAGAUGAACGCUGCAGCCAGCAGCUACCCCAUGGCCUCCUUAUACGUGGGCGAUCUUCACUCGGACAUCACCGAAGCCAUGCUGUAUGAAAAGUUCAGCCCUGCGGGGCCUGUGCUGUCCAUCCGGGUCUGCCGCGAUAUGAUCACCCGCAGCUCUCUGGGUUAUGCCUACGUCAACUUCCAGCAGCCAGCUGACGCUGAGAGAGCCUUGGACACCAUGAACUUUGAUGUGAUUAAGGGAAAGCCAAUCCGUAUCAUGUGGUCUCAGAGGGAUCCCUCUUUGAGAAAGUCUGGUGUGGGAAAUGUCUUCAUCAAGAACCUGGACAAAUCUAUAGACAACAAGGCACUGUAUGACACUUUCUCUGCCUUUGGAAACAUCCUGUCCUGUAAGGUGGUCUGUGACGAGAACGGCUCUAAGGGCUAUGCUUUUGUCCACUUCGAGACCCAAGAGGCCGCCGACAAGGCCAUCGAGAAGAUGAAUGGCAUGCUCCUCAAUGACCGCAAAGUGUUCGUGGGCAGAUUCAAGUCUCGCAAAGAGCGGGAAGCCGAGCUUGGAGCCAAGGCCAAGGAAUUCACCAAUGUUUAUAUCAAAAACUUUGGAGAAGAGGUGGAUGAUGAGAAUCUCAAAGAACUCUUCAGCCAGUUUGGUAAGACCCUAAGUGUCAAGGUGAUGAGAGACUCCAGUGGGAAGUCCAAAGGCUUUGGCUUUGUAAGUUACGAGAAACACGAGGAUGCCAAUAAGGCUGUGGAAGAAAUGAAUGGAAAAGAAAUGAGCGGGAAAGCCAUAUUCGUAGGCCGUGCACAGAAAAAAGUAGAACGUCAGGCUGAAUUAAAACGGAAAUUUGAGCAGCUGAAGCAGGAGAGGAUUAGUCGGUACCAGGGAGUGAAUCUCUACAUUAAGAACUUGGAUGACACCAUUGAUGAUGAGAAGUUAAGGAAAGAGUUUUCUCCCUUUGGAUCAAUCACCAGUGCAAAGGUGAUGUUAGACGACGGAAGAAGCAAAGGGUUUGGCUUUGUCUGUUUCUCCUCUCCUGAAGAGGCGACCAAAGCUGUCACUGAGAUGAACGGACACAUUGUGGGUUCUAAGCCACUGUACGUCUCCCUGGCCCAGAGGAAGGAAGAGCGGAAGGCUCACCUGACUAACCAGUACAUGCAGCGUGUAGCUGGGAUGCGGGCACUCCCUGCCAACGCCAUCUUAAAUCAGUUCCAGCCCGCAGCCGGUGGCUACUUUGUGCCUGCAGUUCCUCAGGCUCAGGGAAGACCACCAUAUUACACGCCUAACCAGUUAGCACAGAUGAGGCCUAAUCCACGCUGGCAGCAAGGCGGGAGACCUCAAGGCUUCCAAGGAAUGCCAAGUGCUCUGCGGCAGUCUGGGCCUCGGCCAGCUCUUCGACAUCUGGCUCCAACUGGCGUCCCUACAGCUGUGCCAAACCUUGCUCCUCGUGCUGCAGUUGCUGCUGCUGCUCCCAGGGCUGUGGCCCCCUACAAGUAUGCCUCCAGCGUCCGUAGCCCUCACCCCGCCAUUCAGCCGCUGCAGGCCCCCCAGCCUGCAGUCCAUGUCCAGGGUCAGGAGCCCCUGACUGCCUCCAUGCUGGCUGCAGCGCCUCCCCAGGAACAGAAGCAGAUGCUAGGAGAGCGUCUGUUCCCACUUAUCCAAACAAUGCAUUCAAAUCUGGCUGGAAAGAUUACAGGAAUGCUGCUGGAGAUAGACAACUCUGAGCUGCUGCACAUGCUAGAGUCCCCCGAGUCCCUCCGUUCCAAGGUGGAUGAAGCUGUGGCAGUCCUUCAGGCUCAUCAUGCCAAGAAAGAAGCUGCCCAGAAGGUGGGCACUGUUGCUGCUGCUACCUCUUAGACAAGAAAAAAGAGUCAAAAGCCAAAUAACCCCUCAUGGCAUCCAGCUAAGGUCUGAAGACUUCCUAGUUUGUCUGUGGACCUCCACACCAAGAACCAAGUUGCAAAUUCAAUAGGUCAUUUUGUAUCAAAAGGUCAAUUAUGAAGCACCUAGAAUUUUUCAAUUAAAAGAAUAUGUUCUCUGGGUUCUGUUGUGGCCCAGAUGAUGGUAACUUUUUUUUUUCUAUUGUGGGUUCUGGUUUUUUUUCCCCAUCCAGAAAUUGGUUUUGAUGUAUCCAAGACUUAAGUUUCUCAAUAAAGGAAAUAAAAUCUAUAAAUCUGG